GCCGCCGCCACAUCCCGGGCCGGGCGGGCCGCGGCGCGGAGGCCGCCUGUGGCGGCGCCCAGGCCUCCGGGCGGCGGGGCGGGCCUCCCGCGCUCCCGGGACGCCAGGACCCCGCGCGCUUCGCCCCAGGGCCCGCGAGGUCCGGGCUGAGCUUCGCCGCUAGCGGCGCGGAAGGGCUAGAGGACCCCGGCGAGCUCGGGCUCCGCAGCGGUACAGUGACAGGAGGAACCAGGAAUCUCAGGCAAAGCAAAUACUGCAAGCAAAUGUGGAUCCCAGGCCUCACAAGCAUGACCUGCUGAGGAUUGGCAUGCCGUGCCUCACUCCUGGGCAGUGACAGCAUGAAAAACACCCACCCCCAGGGUUCUGCGCAGACUCUUGCAGGAAGAAUUACUGAAUGGCUGACAUUUGACAACAUGCACCACCAGUGGCUUCUGUUGGCCGCAUGCUUUUGGGUGAUUUUCAUGUUCAUGGUGGCUAGCAAAUUUAUCACGUUGACCUUUAAAGACCCUGAUGCAUACAGUGCCAAACAGGAGUUCCUGUUCCUGACAGCUGUGCCAGAUGCGGGGAAGUUGCCUGGAGAGAAGCACUUUCCUGAGGAACUGAAGCCCACUGGGAAGGUGCCUUCAGACAACCGGCUUGUUCAACCCCUCGUUUAUGUGGAGCGCCUGGAACUCAUCAGAAACGUCUGCAGGGAUGAAGCCCUGAAGAAUCUCUCGCACACCGCGGUCUCCAAGUUUGUCCUGGAUCGGAUAUUCGUCUGUGACAAGCACAAGAUUCUUUUCUGCCAGACUCCUAAAGUGGGCAACACCCAGUGGAAGAAAGUGUUGAUCGUGUUAAAUGGAGCUUUUCCUUCCAUUGAAGAGAUCCCUGAAAAUGUGGUUCAUGACCAUGAGAAGAAUGGCCUCCCUCGUCUCUCUUCCUUCAGUGAUGCAGAAAUUCAGAAGCGCUUGAAAACGUAUUUUAAGUUUUUUAUUGUCAGAGAUCCCUUCGAAAGACUGAUUUCUGCAUUUAAAGAUAAGUUUGUUCACAACCCCCGCUUUGAGCCAUGGUACCGGCAUGAGAUUGCCCCGGGCAUCAUCAGGAAAUACAGGAAGAACCGCACGGAGACCAGGGGCAUCCAGUUCGAAGAUUUUGUACGGUACUUGGGCGAUCCAAACCACAGAUGGCUGGACCUUCAGUUUGGGGACCACAUCAUUCACUGGGUGACAUAUGUUGAACUGUGCGCACCCUGCGAGAUAAAGUACAGUGUGAUCGGUCACCAUGAGACCCUGGAGGACGAUGCCCCCUACAUCUUAAAAGAAGCCGGCAUAGACCACCUGGUGUCUUACCCCACCAUCCCUCCGGGCAUUACCGUGUACAAUAAAACCAAGGUGGAGCGCUACUUCCUGGGCAUCAGCAAACGGGACAUCCGGCGCCUGUAUGCACGUUUUGAAGGGGACUUUAAACUCUUCGGGUAUCAGAAGCCAGAUUUUUUGUUAAACUAAUGUAUAGAACUGUGAAUUCAAAUAUCUGUUAGACCAGAGGCUAACCAGGUGGGAGAUGGGAGUACAGAAAUGUCCUGUCCUCCAUUCCACUCUUUCUGGAGACGCUGCAGCCUUGCAUGGACCUGGGCAUGCCUCGGCUGAUGAAGCUGGACCCUGACCGUUACAACUUAGUUUGGACAUAAGAUGCAUUGAGGGCCCUGGCAGAUCCCCCCUCGGUCCCCUCCCCUAUCAAUGCCAUUAGGCCUUUACUCUCCUCAGAAGAGGAAUGGGACCAAACAUUUGCAAUUCAACAGUCUGGGAAGAAAAAUUACAUGGCGGAGGAGUCAUUUCCCUCUGUCAGACCCACUGGAGGCUCCCCUGGAGAGGGAGGUGGUCCCACCUGUCACUGAAGGAUUGCAAGAAUGGCACCCAGCACUUUGAGGAGAGAUGGAGAAGCUAAUGAUCUGCAAAAAUCACACGGGGCUAAUACAGGAUCAAAUCUGAGUAAUAAAAUUACACCUGGCUUUCAUCUUGGCGCUGCUAUAAUCACAGAGGCAAACCAUUCUUUCCAUGACUCUUUUGUUCCUGUGAAACUCAGAGGUGACCCGAGGGUACUUUUCGGCAGUCCAUCUUCCCAGGAUCUAUGCCUGGGUACCUCUAGUCCAUGUUUCUAAACUGCCUGCCAAACAGUUGUCUCCCCUCAGCCCAAGAGAUGCAACUUUGGAAAGAGUGGUGUGUAUAUUCUUUCCCACCUGAGAGAGGGAACAUCUUGGGGGGCCUUACGGGACAUGUAGCAGGGGGAAAGGGAAUGCUGGUUGGGUUCUGGCGCUCCAGCUGCUGUGGGAUUGAGCACACCUGCCCUGAUUAUUCUCCUCUUUGUCGCCUCUGGAUGGACAAUGCCUAUCUCCAGGGCCCUUGGAGGCCCUAGGCAAGCCUGGGCCCCAGGCCGGCACCGCAGCAUCAGUGCAGUGUACACAUGCCAGUUUCCUUACAUCUCCUCAAAAGGCUUACCACUGGGCCCAUUUCUGAUAAGGCCAUUUCUCCUGGACUCUUAAGUUGGAUAAUCAAAUUCACCAGCAAUAAAACCCCGGGCUGAGGCAUCUUCCAGGCAUGGAGGCUUCCAGGCUAUAAGCUACUGUUUCAGAUGUCUGUGACAGUGAGGGCUCCGGGGAGACCGGCCAGGCUUCCCUGCGAGAAGUCCUGAGUGCCCGAGUCUGUGUGGUGCCCACGAGCCCAGGUUUUCUUCAGGCAGCCUCAACCUCCCCCUUCUCCAAAUGGCUUCCUGAGUUUGUAAAUGUGAAAGUAAAAGGAAAUAAAAAAUAUGUGCCAAACCUGC